ACACCAUGUCGCAAGAUAAAGUGACCAAAAUAGUGAAGGAGAUAAACACCUUGAAGACAAGCUGCGAGAAGCUGAACGCCCAGCUGGAGGAACUGAUCACGCAGAAGGUGGAAAAUGAAAUUCUCCUGGAGGAGGUUAAAAACUUGGAGGACGAUGCCGUGUUGCACAAGCUGGUCGGUUUGAUUUUAGUUCGCGAGGAAAAGAAUAAAUGCUACGAUACCAUCACGAGGAGAAUUCACUACAUCACAGGGGAAAUCGAAAGCAGGAAGAAGGUCAUCAGCAACUCGGAGGAGAAACUGAAGAAGCUCUUUAGUGACCUGGAAGUGCACACCAACCAAAGGAAAGUAGCCAUCCCGCAGUCAUAAGAUGGAGGAAAAAAAAAAAAAAAAAAAAUUACGCAGACAUGCUAAUGGUGAAAACAAAUAGGAUGGGAGUUGCAUCUCCUGCAACGGGUGUCCGGUCCUCUGUCCCUAUGUGGAAUAAACUUCCCCCCUUUUCAGUUUCUUCAUUUUUUCGUAAUCGAUAUUUUGCAUCUUGAAGGCGAAGCUGCAGGGAUGUGAAGCGGCGCAUGUGUGUACACACACACAAAACUGCACGAACAACUGCAUGCACAAUCGUAUGUAUAGUCAUAUGUACAGUCGCAUGCACACGUCUGUAGGAUGGUGCGUCCUGCGUGGCCCACCUCAUCAUGUUGGCCUUGCGCGUGAAGUAGUGCAUCUUCUUCCAGUAGCCCCUUUUCUGGAAGGCCCGUUUUCUGUGCCGCUUAUCAUUUCGAACUUUAUUAAACAGCAGCGUGCUGUUCUUCUCCGUCAUGCGCGGAUCCUCCACUAAUAUGCUCAC